AUGGCAACAGUAUUAUGGCACGGUGUCGAUGUACUCGACUACAAAAAUGCCUAUAUAUUCGACAUUUCCUCGCUUUCUGAAACUACUGAUAAAACCUUGACCGUUGUUGUCAUCGGCCUCGGCCAGAUGGGCCACAGCCAUGCGUUGGCCUACCACCGCAAUCCGGGUUUCCAGAUAAUUGGUUUGAUAGAUCGACUACGUCCAGGAAAGACCUUCCCAGACGAACUCAAAGAAUAUUCCCUCCUAUCAAGUUUUGAGGAAGGUCUCGCCUUGAAGCCUGAUGUAGUCUCAAUCAACAUUCACACAGCGUCGCACGCUGAUUAUGCUGUGGCAGCAAUGGAAUCUGGGGCACACGUCUUUGUCGAGAAACCGCUGGCAGUAACAGUCGCCGACGCAGAGCGCGUUGUCAAUACAGCCCAACAGACAAACCGCAAGCUGGUUAUUGGGUACAUCCUCCGCCACCAUCCCAGCUGGAUUGAAUUUAUUCAACAGGCACGACACUUGGGCCCGCCGUUUGUCAUGAGAAUGAAUCUGAAUCAACGUUCUAGCGGCGAUGCAUGGGCAAUUCAUCAGCGUAUUCUUCAUGACGUGAAAAACCCAAUCAUCGACUGUGGCGUGCAUUAUGUGGAUGUCAUGCUGCAAAUAACUGAUAGUAAGCCUGUCCAGGUACGUGGCAUGGGAUUGCGUCUGAGCGAUGACUUGCCAUCCGAUCAAGGGCAGGUCAAUUAUGGCCAUCUUCAGAUUCUUUUCUCCGAUGGGUCAGUUGGUUGGUACGAGGUUGGAUGGGGUCCAAUGAUGUCCGAGACUGCCUACUUUGUCAAGGAUAUAAUAGGGCCUCGUGGUUCCGUAUCCAUUGUGAUGGACGAGGGUAAGAAGUCUGCCGACAAUGAGAAGGGGUAUAGUUCAGCCAAUAUCAAUAGCCACACCAGGACAUCAAAUAUCCGUGUGAGCGCGGUGGUGGACGGACACACACAGGAUAAGAUGCUUUCCAUGCACGGCGAACCCGAUCAUUAUGAGCUUUGUGCGCGGGAGCAACAGUUCUUGCUGGAUGCUAUUCGCGAGGGAUGGGAUCUUUCGAAACAUAUGCAGGACGCGGUGAAGUCGCUUGGUAUUGUUCUAGCUGCUGAUCGAUCUAUGCGUGAAAAUCGUGCAAUUGAUCUUGAAUAAUUUUCAAGGAGUCGACUCGGAUCAUACGCUUGUUGUUUUGGCGGCCGUCUUGGGUGCUGCAGUCCAAUCUUCUCAGUGAAUACAAAUUGCUUUGACCUUCGACUCAAGAUUUGUUAUGUUGAUUGUCUGUUCUAUCUUCACAUAGGUACAUAGCCGGAUGACUAGAAUAAACC